AAUGCUUCCUCCGGUGAAAAUGUCCAGUUGUACUCUUACUUUAAAAUCCAGCAGAAUAAUUGUUUAGAACAUUUUUCAUUUUUAAACAGUGCUUAACAGUGCUUGGGCAUAUUUCUCUCCUGAUUCAGAUGAGUUGACUUUUUAACAGGAGGAAACAAAAGCUGGAUGAAAGCUGGAAGCAACAGUUUGAAGUAAAAAACCAUCUUGAUGGAUUUGUUUCUUACAAACGUGCAGCUUUUCACUUUACACGAUGUUAAUCAGCGGACAGGAGUUGUGUGGAUUAUUGUGAUGUUUUUAUUAGCUUGUUUAAACUCUCCUUCUGGCGGCACCCAUUCACUGCAGACUUACUAUAACAAGAUCAUUCAGCAUUCUUACAAACACAUAGACUUUUCACUUCACAAGAUUAAUUUAUCAUCUGGAUUUGUGUGAAUUACUUGGGGAUUAUUGUGAUGUUUUUAUUAGCUGUUUAAACUCUCAUUCUGGCGGCACCCAUUCACUGCAGACUUACUAUAUAAUAAGAUCUUUCAGUAUUGGACACACCUGUUCAUGCAAUCAUUUAAACAUUUCUCCCUCUAAGCCACACCAAUCUCUCCUCUGACAAUGUUGUGUUUCAGACCCACCUAUGAUUUUCCAGACCCCAGUUUACAUGACUGUCUCCAUGAUAACGUCAUCACUAAGGACAGUCUGAUUGGCUAACUGGAUUCGCCCUAGUCACGCGCACACAGAGGUCACGCAUGAUUCCAGUAUGGCCGCGUCCAGUUGAAACGCUACUUGCUGUGUGAGUUUAAAAUAACUGUUAAGUGUUUUUAUUACUAUUAUUUCACUCAAUCUGUGAAAAAAGUGAAUGCAUUCUAAAACAUAAGGACGACAUGGCGAUUCCUGACGAGACUGUAUGAGCUACUUCUGCGAUGCCUUCCCUCAAUCCUAUGUCAUGUUUGCAAAGGUUGCACACCUGCUACAAUGCUCUCUUCAAAAACAGAUCCCAUCACUGGACUGUGUUUUCUCAGAGCAGAGCUUUGCUCUACACUUCCUGUGAGCGGCAAAGCUCAAGCCCAGACUCUUCUUCAACCGUCAGCAGUGUAAAACAGACACAGACUGUCCCAGAACCUGCGGACGAGGGCCCUCCAUCUCCCCCCAUCCACUGCUGCAUGAGCGGCUGCCAUAACUGUGUGUGGAUCGAACACGCUGAAAAACUGCUGAAAUAUUACAGCGAUGGUGGAGACAGAGCUCUGGCAGCCAUUGAGGAGAACGUUCUCGAUGACAACCUGAAGGCAUAUCUUAAGAUGGAGAUCAAGUUGCUGAAGAAGUCCUGAUGAUAGUGAACUUGGGUGGAGAUUUACUGAGAGCAGAUUCAGAGUAUUUCAUAGCAGCAACUGUUUGGAUGUUUUUAAUGGCUAAGUUUGUCAAAAACACAUCCCGGUCAUAUAAUUAGUAAAUUUGUAUAAUUCCUUACAUUUAUAUAGUGCUUUUCUAAGCACUCAAAGCGCUUUACAUAGUCAGGGGGUAUCUCCUCAUCCACCACCAGUGUGCAGCAUCCACCUGGAUGAUGCGACGGCAGCCAUAGUGUGCCAGAACACCCACCACACACCAGCUUACUGGAGGAGAGGAGACAGAGCGAUGAAGCCAAUCAACAGAUAUGGGUUGUAAGGAGGCCAUGAUGGUCGGAGGCCAAUGGGCAAAUUUAGCCAGGAUACAGAGGUCACACCUCUACUCUUUCGAAAGACAUCCUGGGAUUUUUUUCAAUGACCACAGAGAGUCAGGACCUCGGAAAUCAAAAUGAAUCAAAAUACACCUCAAAUCAAAAUGAAGAACAUAUACAUUACUGUAUGUAUAUCGCACAAAGAUUCUAAGAACAUAAACUCUUUUAAUGGCAAUUGACAACUUUCCUCUGAAAUCCUCAUUUUUGUAAUGCAUGUAGAUGUUUUAUUUAUGAGGGAUUUUUUUGUAAAGUCUUUUAUAGUAUAGAUUUGAAAACAACGAUUUGAUGAGAUUAUGGCAUUUGUUUUCUUUCAGUAUUCUUCACAGAAUACAGUACAGUUUAUAAUCAUGGAAAAUACAUAUGCAAAUGUGAAUUUUUUUAGGCAGUGUUCAAUAUUACUGGUUUAUAGAACUGACUGAUCAGACUAUACCCAUGAUACAACUUUA